ACUGAGCUCAACUGAGGGACUGAGUGAGUGAGACACACGGAGAUUAAGGAAAAACAGACAGUAGAAGGAGGACAUGUGACAGUGAAGGAACUAACUGCAAUUCUACUUUGUAUGGGAGGCAGGAAACAAGACAACUACCUGUGGAGAUGGGAAGUACAACCCUCCCAGUGUACCUCAAUGUGAGUGUGGGGAUGUUCAACUCGUCCUCAGACCCAGCUGAGAAUGAGGAGGGUUUCAGCGAGGUGAUGAUGAUCCUGCUGGGCAUAAUCACGUCCUUUCUCGUCCUGGUCAUUGUCUUUGGCAACAUCCUGGUCAUAACGGCGAUCGCCCGCUUCCAGCGUCUCCAGAAUGUCACCAACUGUUUCAUCACGUCCCUGGCCUGCGCCGACCUGGUCAUGGGUCUCGUCGUGAUUCCUUUCGGCGCCUGCUACAUCAUCUUCAAGACCUGGCACUUUGGCAGCUUCUGGUGCGAGUUCUGGACUGCGACCGACGUGCUCUGCGUGACUGCGAGCAUCGAGACCCUCUGCGUCAUAGCCAUCGACCGCUAUUUGGCCAUCACCUCCCCCUUCCGCUACCAGUCGAUGCUGACCAAGUGCAAGGCUCGCAUCGUGGUCGUGCUGGUGUGGGUGAUCGCCGCCUUGAUAUCUUUCCUGCCCAUCCACAUGAAGUGGUGGAUAUCAAGUGAUAAGGAAGCUGAGGAUUGCCUCGAGAACAGCAACUGCUGCGAGUUCGACACCAACAUGGCGUACGCCAUCACCUCCUCAAUCAUCUCCUUCUACAUCCCUUUGGUCAUCAUGGUUUUCGUCUACAGCCGCGUUUUCCAGGAGGCUAAGCGCCAACUGAAGAAGAUUGACCAAAGCGUUGGACGUUUCCACAACAGCGACAACAGCAACCUCAAAUCUCUGGAGGCCAACAAUGGGCGCAGCCACAAGAAGGCCAAGUUCUGCCUGCGGGAACACAAAGCCCUAAAGACGCUGGGCAUCAUCAUGGGGAUCUUCACCCUGUGCUGGCUGCCCUUCUUUCUGCUGAACGUGGUGGUGGCCAUAUGGAAGGUGGAGGGUAUUGACCUCACCUUCAGGAUACUCAACUGGAUAGGUUACGCAAACUCUGCCUUCAACCCGCUCAUUUACUGCCGGAGUCCCGAGUUCAGGUAUGCCUUCAAGGAAAUCCUCUGCAUGAAGAGGAUCCGCCUAAGCAACCCUGGGCCCGUGAACGGAUACGUGUACAGCAGGAACAGCUGGCAGAGCGAGCAGCAAGGGAGGAGUAAGGGCAGCUUGGAGGACAGUGACACUAAUGAUGGGUGUCUGGGGAAGGGAGCGGGGGUCUGCAGCGGUUUGGACAGAGCAGAUGUGGACCCCAACGGGAAUUGCAAGAAAGGCCUAACGACUGUAACGACCAUCCUUUAAGCUUGGAGCCCCUGGACAUGUUUACACUGAUCAUAAACUUUUUCCAAUUGACUAAUGAAGGUAAGGUCAGUCAGACUGACUGGUAGAGAGACUUCUUUACAGGAACUAUCAUAAUCAGCUGAGGAAAGAAUCUCUCUUCCUCUUUCAACACAGUGAAUGAAUACUGUAGGUAGAUCACUUUUUUCUUUUGUUACAUUUCUCAUGUUUAACCCCCAUCUACCUCAUCACUUGUUUCUUAACUGACUAUUUCACGUUAACUCACUGUCCACAGGAGUCACACUAGAGCAGCAUCUCAGCUGUUUAUCUACUCUAAUAAAUGGACUGUGCAUUAUAUAAUUGCUAAUUAUCCGGAUUAGAUUGGAUUUGUGGGCAUGUUUUUUGUCUAGGAGUUCUUGGCAAAAGAUCCCACAAUUUGUUAGCAUAAAAAUGUUUUUGAAAUUCAAAGUAAAUUAAUGUUGUUGGAGGCUGAAAAUUCCAUUCGGGCACGCCAAUAGCGAGUUCUUAUUUCCAUCAGAAAAUGGAUGAGGAUGGAGGAAGGAUCAAACUUGAUGCCUCUUUUGGUGCUUUGUUUGAAGAAAUACAUUCCAAAUCGAGCAGAAUUAUAAAUUGGCUUCAUUUCUUUUAUUUCUUUAAUUUUUUUGAUGGAUUGUCUCAGUGUGAAAGACGAUCAGCAGGUGGGGCAGAACCUGUCUCUCUCUCUCUCCUCUCCUCAUUUCUCAACAAUGUGGUGAGGCCCUGUUUCCUGCUCUAGUGCUUUACAGCCUGCUGCGCGGAUGUUUCUGGUGCCAGCAGAUAGCACCAGAGUUAAGAACUUAUCUGUAUCUCAGUGGUGUAAGCUCAGAAACGCCUGGUGGCCAUCCUCGAAAACUUGCAAGUUUGUAUACGUUGUAUCAGCUGGAUUCCGUUAUCAGACCUAAAGAUAUCUAAUAUCUUUCAGUGCAAAGCAGGUGGCAUUAAUGUGGUUAAUCCUGACCUUCAAAGCCUGCAGCUGUUAUAUGAAUAAAUGCACUUUUUUUCAAGUUUUCUACUGCACAGCCUGCAGUAGUCGGCCUGCACAGUCAUAUCUUGCAUUCAGUCCAUUUGUGCAACAUGCAAACCAGUAUUUGGUACAUUAUGGCAUACUAUGAGUCUUUCAUGUCCCUUCUAUGUGCCGGUAGCUACAACAGCAAUUGUCCCUUUUGUUGCCCAAGCCCUGUUUGUUUAUCAAAAUGUGUUGUUGCUGUGUUUCAACAUGUCGUGCGUUUACUGAAACCAGAGAAGCCGUUUCCUUAGUCAUGGCACAUAAGGGUACAAACCACACACACAAUAACAAACAGUGCGUCGAAAUAGCUGAGCGAUAACAAAGUUCCAGGCCCGCGAUUGCUCUCGGAGGCCAACAGACGGAGAUGAGAAAAACAGCCCCGAGCAGAGCAGUGCACCUUUGUCACUGCUCGCUGACAUUUCCCAGAGUCUCCUCGCUUGCUGUAAACGGAUGUCUGGAUCUCUAUGAGAUCGCUCUAACAUUUGGAUAAGACACUCAGGAGUCCACUGAGCAGCAGUUGUUUCAGUCAGUCUACUUUAGACGCUGCUUGGUGUGCAGUCUCCAGGAAACCCAGCUGAGCCCAGCCCAAUAAACACGAAUAAAUCCAUUAUCUCUGGCGUUUAGCUGGAGCAUCAGAUAACUCCCUCUUAGGGAACACUGACAUAGAUUAGUACAUCACAAAGUAUACAGUUCCCAAUUUGCAUGAUGAGAUGUGAUAACUUGAAAUGAGACUCUCUUUCUUAUCUCCCGACUUAAGAACACAUGGCUCCUGGGAAUCUUGCUUUUUGACGUAGGCAAGCAAUAAUGGAAAAUGAGCACUUCGCAUGCAGGGGCUAGAAUUCACUCACUUUUCCCACACUAGAUGAUAAGUGUUGCAGGUGUAACCCCCUAUCCCCCAGGCGAUCUACGUGUCCUGAUCAAAGUGUACAGCAUGCUAAAUGUGGCUACCGAAAGUGGGAGGGGGAGCAGGGGUUCUCUGCCAGUCUAAAUCGGUGUCAGUGACCUUUGUUGUAGUGCAUGUAGCGUUGCCUCUGGUCAGCUGACUGACACCGUCAAAACUGUGAACUUUGUUCCCUCAGAGGAAUCCAUAUGUACUGUAUCGCUAGGUUUGGUCAGCACUGUUGUCACAGACUUUAGGAAUAGACGUAAGUGCGGCGUCAUCUUACGUCAGAGUUUGCCAUGUGAAAAACUUUCCAGCGUGUUGAUCUUUUUCCUGUUUGUCUUUUUCCAGGAUUUACAGCAAAGUAAAUGCAGAGGUUGAAUGUCAUAACAAAUAAUCUCCAGUUUUUUUUUUACAUUUUCACUGUACAGGAUGUACAAAACAGAUAAAGAUUCUAGACCAAGAUUUUUGAUAUUAUUGUAUUUAUUCACUCACAAUUAAUUGACGCAUUGACCCUAAAUUGAGUCAUUGCUGGAUUAAAAAAAGGUCUGUAUUUAAAACAUUUAAAUUUGUCGAAGCACUUCGCCAGUGAUCGUUUGCAUGUCUGCUCUAUAUAUAAUUGUGGUGAUGUGUUUGUGGGCUGAUCUGUUUUCGACCAAGUGGAGCAGGUUGUGAACUCUACAUCCAUACUGCUCCCUCCUGGCAGUGGCCUCUCCUUGCACCUCAGCUGUCUCACAGUUAUUAAUGGUUACUGUUUCAUCAAUACGAUUGUAUAAUAAGGAAUGUAAUUCAUGUCUUCGCCUCCUCAGGCUGGAAGACACGACGCAGUUAUGUGCAAUGAGUCUUGACUGAUUAGUUGAUGCUACAACAUUCCAAGUAAAGCUGAUGGUUUGUUUACUGAUGCAUACAAUGAACAAUCAGUUCUCCCAAUGGAGUUUGGUCCUAGAUUACCUUAUCUACUGGUAGGGUUAUACCAGCUCUGCAAACACAAAGGGUUAUUUUAAAAGUGGAUUCUUGGUUAAAGACAAGUCUUUGAAGAUAUAUUACAAUAUGGCAUGUAUAUUUUCAGUGUAAAAGAAUCUAAUAUUUUCUACAUUUUAACCCAUUUGUGCCUGCUCAAUUAUUUUUUAAGAUUUUUAAUUUCCUUUAUCCCAAACACAAAUGUGAAAAAAAAAAUUCAAAAUCGGUCAAACCGUUUGGCAGAAGAGUGAGUUGUUCCUCAUCAUUCUAUAUCUAGUCUUUGGGCAUAUGGGACUUUUUCUAUAUAUUUCAUUAUAUUUUAGGGAAAAAAAAGUAGUACCAUGUGUCCAAAAACUACAUAUAGUAUGAUAAUGUAUCCCAGAAAUUACAAGAAGCACAAUCAAGUAUAUUUGGUAUCUAUGAACUCUUAUUACAAGGCAUUGUUGAAUACUCAACUCUGAUUGGUCAAUCAACGGUCUGUUAUUUCUUUAUAACAGACUGUUACUAUGUACAACAGGCCAUUGCAAUAUAUAAUAGACCAUUGCUAUGUAUAACAGACCAUUGCUAUGGGCGAAGUUCUGUCAAAAUGAUUGAUUUAUUAAGGAAGUAGCCUUGGAAUAAGCAGGAUACUGUUCAGCUAAUGGGUCAUUGUUGUGAAAAAAAACUCUUCAGGGUGAUACUUCGCAUCAGGGUCCACCAUAUCGCCCUGUCGGGUUUUAUUUCACAACAAUGACCGGCUCGCUGUACAUUAUCCCUUACAUAACAAGUUGAAUAUCAAAGAUAUGCAGACAUAUGCAGUAUAAAAACAUUUUUUAAACACAACGUUAGCGUUUUUCAUAAUUUUUCAAAAAUCCUGACUUUGACUAUUGAUAAAAUUGUGGUUUGUCAUGUGAUGUAAAAAUGUCAAUGUUGUACUGUUAGAUACUUGCCCAAAGUAUGUCUGUACCAAAUUUCAAGACUUUUGACUAAUCGGAACAAAUGUUGUGACAUUUUUCCUAAUCAUAAUAACAUAGUGUUUGGGCACAAAUGGGUUAAUAUUGUCAAGGCUCAGGUGUUCUAAUGUUAAUGCUGCCCUUACUGAUCCAUUAUUUAAUAAAAGUCACUUUACCCCCCCCCCCCUCCAUGACCAGCUCCCCAUGAUAGAUUAGGUCAUUCGCUAACUUAAAGCAGCACUGUAUAGAGCACUUUCAUGAAACAUUAGCAAUUUGAAUCUACAUUCAAGUUUAUGAACUUUAAACAAUGACCAUGAUAUGACAAUGUACCAUAAUGUUUGUGUGGAAGUCCUCAAAAUAAAGAGUCGUGAGAAACUGCAGAAUAUCAGCACAGACAUUUGAAAGUGGACUGCUCUGAUAAAUUGAUGUACGUGAAUGUGAUUUUUCUAUGAAAGUUGAAUAUCGCUUUAGCCGUCAUAUGAAAAAUAAACCUGUUACAUGUGAACUUUUUCUUUUUUUUUUUCGAGUGAAAAAAGUCAUCACUCAGCUGAAUGUUUACUAAAUGUUUGUUUUCGCACAAGUUUUCGUCACUGUUUGUAAUGAAGCCUGUUACAACGUGUGGAGUCCUGUGGUAUUUAUGAAAAAAAGCAAGUGUAUGUGCUGUAACAUUUGUAUUGAAAUAAAUUAUGUACAUGUUGCAAAG